GCAGAACCUGCGUCAGCGCAGAGUCCUGUGGGAAGGGGACUGCUUUAUCGCAGCCUUUCGGUUUUAUUUUUGCACAUUCGCUUUUUAUUUGCUGGUGGUGCUGUUUGACAGGCCCUUAGAGUGGGCUCGGCUGCCAGGCCGGGGCUGGAAGGACAGCACCGCCACCUGUGUCUGGACGGUCCUGCCCAGGAAGGAGCUUAAUUCCGUCGCUUCCGAGCUGUCUGCACGGCAGGAGGAGAGUGAACAUUCUCAUAAACAUUUAAUUGAACUCCGCCGGGAAUUUAAGAAAAAUGUACCUGAGGAAAUCAGAGAGAUGGUGGCUCCUGUAUUAAAAAGUUUCCAAGCUGAGGUGGUGGCCCUUAGUAAGAGAAGUCAGGAGGCUGAGGCAGCUUUCCUGAGUGUUUACAAGCAAUUGAUUGAAGCACCAGACCCUGUGCCUGUGUUUGAAGCGACGCGCAGCCUAGACGACAGACUGCAGCCCCCCAGCUUCGACCCCAGUGGGCAGCCGCGGCGAGACCUCCACACUUCGUGGAAGAGGCACCCCGAGCUCCUUGGCCCCAAAGAGCAGAGAGAGGGGACAUCUCCAGCAGGGCCCACGCUGACUGAGGGGAGCCGCCUCCCGGGCAUUCCCAGCAAAGCCCUCCUGACAGAGACUUUGCUGCAGAGAAAUGAGGCGGAGAAACAAAAGGGCCUUCAAGAAGUACAAAUCACUUUGGCAGCCAGACUGGGGGAGGCAGAGGAAAAGAUCAAAGUCCUACAUUCAGCGUUAAAGGCCACACAGACAGAGCUGCUGGAACUGCGGCGGAAAUAUGAUGAGGAGGCGGCAUCCAAGGCAGAUGAAGUCGGCCUGAUCAUGACCAACUUGGAGAAAGCUAAUCAGCGAGCUGAGGCUGCCCAGCGGGAGGUAGAAAGUCUUCGGGAACAACUUGCCUCAGUCAACAGCUCUAUCCGCCUGGCCUGCUGCUCCCCGCAGGGACCCAGUGGGGAUAAGGUGAACUUCGCAUUGUGCUCGGGCCCCCGGCUUGAAGCCGCGCUGGCCUCCAAGGAUCGGGAGAUCCUGCGGCUGCUGAAGGAUGUGCAGCACCUCCAGAACUCUCUGCAGGAGCUGGAGGAGACCUCGGCCAACCAGAUCGCGGACCUGGAGCGGCAGCUCACGGCUAAGUCCGAGGCCAUAGAAAAGCUGGAAGAGAAGCUCCAGGCGCAGUCUGACUAUGAAGAAAUUAAAACAGAGCUGAGCAUCCUGAAAGCCAUGAAGCUGGCCUCCAGCACCUGCAGCCUCCCCCAGGGCAUGGCCAAGCCCGAAGACUCAUUGCUCAUGGCAAAGGAGGCCUUCUUCCCCACGCAGAAAUUCCUUCUGGAAAAGCCCGGUCUUCUGGCCAGCCCUGAGGAGGAGCCUUCGGAGGACGAUUCCAUCAAAGACUCUCUGGGCACGGAGCAGUCCUACCCAUCCCCUCCGCAGCUCCCACCACCACCAGGGCCCGAAGAUCCCCUGUCCCCCAGCCCUGGGCAGCCCCUGCUGGGUCCUGGCCUGGGCCCUGAUGGCCCAAGGACUUUCUCACUGUCCCCCUUCCCCAGCGUGGCUUCUGGGGACAGACUGGCAGGGGACGCACUGCUGUCCAAGCACAUGAUGCCCCCGGCCACCUUCAAGGGGGAGGCAGGCGGCCUGCUGGUGUUCCCCCCGGCCUUCUACGGCGCCAAGCCCCCCACGGCCCCUGCCACCCCCGCUCCUGGCCCUGAGCCACCUGGGGCCCCCGAGCCUGUGGACGGGGGUGGGGGCAGCGCAGCUGGGGCAGGGGCCGGAACCGGAGCCGAGGAGGAGCACCUGGACACGGCAGAGAUUGCAUUCCAGGUGAAGGAGCAGCUGCUCAAACACAACAUCGGGCAGCGGGUGUUUGGCCACUAUGUGCUGGGGCUGUCACAGGGCUCAGUCAGCGAGAUCCUGGCCCGGCCCAAGCCCUGGCGCAAGCUCACGGUGAAGGGCAAGGAGCCCUUCAUCAAGAUGAAGCAGUUCCUGUCGGAUGAGCAGAACGUGCUGGCUCUGAGGACCAUCCAGGUGCGGCAGCGAGGCAGUAUCACCCCAAGGAUCCGCACACCAGAGACAGGCUCGGACGACGCCAUCAAGAGCAUCCUGGAACAGGCCAAGAAGGAGAUCGAGUCCCAGAAGGGGGGUGAGUCCAAGAACGCAACGGCCCCACUCAGCAUCACCAACGGCACAGCCCCCGCCAGCACCUCGGAAGAUGCCAUCAAGAACAUUCUGGAGCAAGCACGCCGCGAGAUGCAGGCACAACAGCAGGCGCUGCUGGAGAUGGAGGCAGGCCCCCGGGGCCGCUCAGUGCCUCCCUCGCCCCCAGAGCGGCCGUCGCUGCCUGCCGUGAGCCAGACCGGGGCCCCGACCUACGUCAAGCAGGAGGACAGCAGUGGCGGGGCCACCAGCAGCAGCGCCACACAGACGUCCCUCACGGUCCUGUCCCCCGCAGCCUUCGUGCAGAGCAUCAUCCGGAAGGUCAAGUCGGAGAUCGGAGACGCUGGCUACUUUGACCACCACUGGGCCUCGGACCGCGGCCUGCUCAGCCGCCCCUAUGCCUCCGUCUCACCCUCCCUCUCCUCCUCCUCCUCCAGCUACUCUGGACAGCCCAACGGGAGGGCCUGGCCCCGUGGGGAUGAGGCCCCCGCAGCCCCUGAGGAUGAGGCGGCAGGGGGCGAGGACGAGGCCCCCAGGCUGGGCGAGCUGAAGUCUGAAGGGGGCGUCCCGGAGGCCGGCAGCGGUGGGCGGCUGGCCUACUACCCUGCGUACGUGCCCCGCACGCUGAAGCCCACCGUGCCGCCCCUGACCCCCGAGCAGUACGAGCUUUACAUGUACCGGGAGGUGGACACCCUGGAGCUGACACGCCAGGUCAAGGAGAAGUUAGCCAAGAAUGGAAUCUGCCAGAGGAUCUUUGGGGAGAAGGUGCUGGGCCUGUCCCAGGGCAGUGUGAGCGACAUGCUGUCCCGGCCGAAGCCCUGGAGCAAGCUGACGCAGAAGGGGCGAGAGCCCUUCAUCCGCAUGCAGCUGUGGCUCUCGGACCAGCUCGGCCAGGCCAUCAGCCAGCAGCCCAGCGCCUCCCAGGCCAGUCCCACGGAACCGAGGUCCUCACCGUCCCCACCGCCUAGCCCCACAGACCCGGAGAGGAGCUCCCAGGAGCCCUUGAUCCUGGCACUGGAGGGCAGCAAGGAGAACCAGCAGCCGGAGGGACGCUCCAGCUCCUCGCUGGGGGGGAAGAUGUACUCAGGCAGCCAGACCACAGGGGGCAUCCAGGAGAUUGUGGCCAUGUCCCCCGAGCUGGACACAUAUUCCAUCACCAAGAGAGUCAAAGAGGUCCUCACAGACAACAACCUAGGGCAGAGGCUGUUCGGGGAGAGCAUCCUGGGGCUGACACAGGGCUCCGUGUCUGACCUGCUGUCCCGCCCCAAACCUUGGCAUAAGCUGAGCCUAAAGGGACGGGAGCCCUUUGUGCGCAUGCAGCUGUGGCUCAACGACCCCCAGAAUGUGGAGAAGCUGAGGGACAUGAAGAAGCUGGAGAAGAAAGCCUACCUCAAGCGCAGGUACGGCCUCAUCGGCACCAGCUCAGACAGCGAGUCCCCAGCCACCCGCUCGGAGUGCCCCAGCCCCUGCCUGCAGCCCCAGGACCUGAGCCUCCUGCAAAUCAAGAAGCCGCGAGUGGUGCUGGCGCCCGAGGAGAAGGAGGCGCUGAGGAAGGCCUACCAGCUGGAGCCCUACCCCUCCCAGCAGACCAUCGAACUCCUCUCCUUCCAGCUCAACCUCAAGACCAACACCGUCAUCAACUGGUUCCACAACUACAGGUCCCGGAUGCGCCGGGAGAUGUUGGUGGAGGGGACCCAAGACGAACCAGACCUUGACCCCAGUGGGGGUCCUGGCAUCCUACCACCAGGCCACUCCCACCCAGACCCUACCCCGCAGAGCCCCGACUCUGAGGCUGAGGACCAGAAGCCUACCGUGAAGGAACUGGAGCUUCAGGAAGGCUCCGAGGAGAGCAUCACACCCCCGACCACCCAGGACAAGGCCCAGGUGAGGAUUAAGCAGGAACAGACUGAGGAGGAUGCAGAGGAAGAGGCGGGCAACCAGCUCCAGGACUCAGGGGAGCCAGACAAAGGCCAAGGUUCCCCCAGAGAGGCGCAUCCUGACCGUCCGGGUAACGACAGACUCUCUAAGGUGGCCCCGGGGCUCCUCCUUCCAGGCGGGACCACUCCAGACUGUCCCUCACUGCAGCCCCCCCAGGAGAACGAGGGUGGGGAGCGGCUCCACCCGGACCCUCUAAGUUUUAAGUCGGUCUCAGAGUCCUCGCGCUGCAGCCUGGAGGUGUCCCUGAACUCACCCUCGGCUGCCUCCUCGCCGGGCCUCAUGAUGUCUGUGUCACCCGUCCCCUCCUCCUCAGCCCCCAUCUCCCCGUCCCCACCCGGCGCCCCUCCUGCCAAAGUGCCGAGUGCCAGCCCCAUCGCCGACACAGCUGGGGCUUUGCACCCCAGCGCCAAGGUGAACCCCAACCUGCAGCGGAGACACGAGAAAAUGGCCAACCUGAACAGCAUCAUCUACCGGCUGGAGAGGGCUGCCAAUCGGGAGGAGGCCCUGGAGUGGGAGUUCUGA